GUUGCUGGGGACAGAGGCUGCGAUAGAACCCAGGGAGAGGCAUUUGAACCAGAGGCAUAGGGUAAGCUGUUGCGUGCAGAGUAAAUAACAAGAUGAAUACGUAUAACCAGGUGACUCCUACUGGUCUUGGAGGCAAGAGAGGAAAGACUAAUGUUGGUGGCUCUCAACAGCAGAGUCAAGAGCCACAAGAACAACAGGUGUUCCCUGCCAGCUUGACAGCAUGGGUUCAGACAUGUUAUGCUGAUGCUCUACAGAGAUCGUUCAGCCCUGAACAGAUGGCUCAGCUACAGCAUGAGCUGCAGGUGUUGAUAGAGAAGGCCAACAACACGGGCAAGCUCUGGAGCAACGACUGGAGUGGACAGAGCAUUCCAAUCCUCAACCGAGGGUCGAUCUUAGAGUUGAAGUGUAACCAAGCCACCAGCCAGUCGAAGCAGGCGAGUGCUCAAAGGACUGUGAAGAAUAAAAGGGCCACUGUGGCAUCGAAAGAAGAUGAAAUGACAUCCAACGAUAGGAAGAGACUCCGUGCACAGCGAUUUGAAAGGGAGCUGAAUCAUAAUGAGACGCUUGACUUCCAGAAUAUUAACCGGGAAGAGUACAAGUUUGAUAAGAAUAAACCAAUCAUUGGAACGUGCACAGAUCUGGAGAAGAGCUAUCUAAGGUUGACCAGUGCACCUGAUCCGUCUAAAGUACGCCCCUAUGGCAUAUUGGUGAAAGCUCUCAACAGGCUCAUGCACAAGUAUAAGAGUGGUGUGAAGUACACAUAUCUCUGUGAUCAAUUGAAGGCCCUGAGACAGGAUUUGACUGUUCAACUGAUUGAAGAUGACUUUACAGUCAAGGUGUACGAAACACACGGACGUAUAGCCAUCGAGAACUCGGAUCUUGGUGAAUUCAACCAAUGUCAGUCCGUCUUGAAGAAGCUUUAUGAGCAGCCCCACAUUAAACAGAGUAAGAAUGGAUCUACUAAUAAGCUAGAAUUUUUGAGCUAUGCCUUGAUUUAUUACCUGUUCACAAACAAUUACGAUUCAAUAACUGAAGUAAAGCUCAAAUUGCAACCUAACGAUCGUGGGAAUGACUUCAUAAAACCGGCUCUAGAAAUCAUAAAGGCUAAGUUGUCUAAGAAUUACCACAUGCUAUUCAGCCUGUACUCCAAGACUAAAGGGACCACAAAGCUCCUAAUCGAAUGUUUUAUCAACAAUGAGAGAGUUAAGGCACUCUCUGUGAUUUGUACUGCUUAUAAGCAGAUAAACUUGGAGUUCUUACUGAAUGAGUUUCAUUUCCAGGGGGAGAGUGACUGUAUGGAUUUUAUCACUGAUAAGCAGCUCGAUAAGUUUAUCGAACUGAAAGGUGAAAGUAUCAUUUUGAAAGCAGCUGAUGCAAGAUCAACGGUUUUGAAUUCGUUACAGAAAGUAAAGAAGGUUGAUAUUAAAGGACAAGUAUAAAAGAGUGGGUUCCGGGGACUAAUAUAGUGAGUAUCUUUAUGUUUUUUUUGUUCUUUUUUCACUCUUCUGGAUGAAUACCUAUGGUCGCUUUUUGACUUCUGAUUCAUAAAAUGGUUUGAACUCGUGUUUUCUUGUCAUUCACUACAUCUUAGCAGAAUUUUCGUGUAUAUGCAUAUAUAGCUUAAUUAGUCAAAUGACGGAGCAAGAGCCAUCAAGGAAAAGUUAUUCUUAUUCGCUUCAUCGGUUAAGUCAACGUAGUGUUGGAAUCUCUGUGCCAAUCCAGGCUCUUCAAGAACAUCGCCAUCAUUGGUCUGUUGUCCUAAAUCUAGUGCACUUUGUCUUCUUCCAUCCAAUUCGUACAAAUGUCCGUUCUUCUUAAUGAAGGCAAUGAAAUGAGUGCUAACAUCGUCAUUAGCAUCUGGUGCAUCUGUCUCUCCUUGGUUGGCAAUAUCAGUGUAUUGUCUCUCCAGCUC